AGUUAGGUUGCAUGCUACAGAGACUACUAUAUUUUGACAGCUUCUCAGGUGAGACACCUCAUCCAGGAGCUGUUUCACUUUCUCUUGAGUUGCCGAACACACUCGCUGUGAGCCUGGGGUUGUUACACUCAAAAAACAGUCAUUUCAAGCCCAUACAUCACGGCACCAUGAGUAAAAAGAAAAAGGACUGGAGAACGGAGAAAGAACGCUUGCUGAAGCUAGGACUGGAGGAGCGACGCAAAGAGUAUCGUGGUAACUUUAUGUCUCUGGACAAGGUACCCACAUGGAGGAAACACGAAAAGACUGCAGGAAAAGGGGAAGACGAGGAGCAGAGAGCACCGUCCGUCUCCUUGAGUGACAAAGUGUCUCUGCACAAAGGUGACAUCACCAUUCUGGAAGUGGACGCCAUUGUGAAUGCCGCAAACUCCAGUCUACUGGGUGGUGGAGGAGUGGACGGCUGCAUACAUCGGGCGGCUGGCCCCUGUCUUUACGAAGAGUGCCACACACUGAACGGCUGCACCACGGGAAAAGCGAAGAUCACUGGUGGCUACGACCUCCCUGCUAAAUAUGUGAUCCACACUGUGGGCCCUAUAGCCAGAGGACACGUGGGCUCUUCCCAGAGAGACGACCUUGAGGCCUGCUACAAAAGCUCUCUGCAGCUGGUCAAGGAGAAUGGCUUGCACUCUGUGGCCUUCCCAUGCAUAUCCACGGGAAUUUAUGGUUUUCCCAAUGAGCCUGCUGCGGAGAUCGCCUUAAAAACAGUCAGAUCCUGGAUCAGGAGGAACAGAGAUGAGGUGGACCGUGUCAUAUUCUGUGUCUUCCUGGAAACGGAUUACAAGAUCUACAAAGAGAAGAUGGCGGAGUUCUUCUCACAAGAUAAUGACAUGGAUGAGGACGGCAGUGACACACAGGGAGAUGAUGAUGAUGACGACGGGGCCGCCCCUGCAGAUGCAGACAUGAUCAGUCAGAAAGUAGAGGAUGAGGAGGACGAGGAGGAAGAUGAAGAGCAGGUGGAGAACAAAGAGGAAAACAGAGAUGUGGAGAUGGCCAGUCAGAACCUAGAUGAGGAUGAGGCAGCACUGAAGGACCCAGGCGAGCUGAGCGUGGAGAUGAAGAAGGACCGAGACAAAGAGAAGAACACGACCACAGGCACAGCAUCAGAGGAUCCAGCUGGUGAGGCAAGGGGAAGCGCAGGUGCAGCAAAGAGUAAAUCGGAGGGAGAGAAGCAGGAGCAGAAGAGUGAAGAGCAGGAGGAAGAGGAGGAGGAGAAGGAGAAAGAGGAGGAGAAGGAGGAGGAGAGGGGAGGUGCGGGGGAGCCUGCAGCUGUGGAACGGGAGUGCAGCUCUGAGAAGCCAGAGAAGAAGAGUCCAGGGGUGCCAGAGGACAAGCUGGGAAAGGACUCCCCCAAGGUGAGGGCUCCACUGGCGGAACAGGAAGAGGAUGUGGGCACGGACAUAGACAUGGAAGGAGACGGAGAAGAUGCAGAGCCAGGCGACCCUCCAACUCCCAAGGACAGUGACACCAGCACUGCUGAAGCUCAGGGCGAGGACUCGCAAGAACCUGAAUUAACUCAAACAGACAGCAAUCAGUCCAAAGACGAAGCCUCUGAAAAGAAGAAGGAACCACCGAGGAAGGAAUGAAACGACAAUCAUCCUCAGAAGGACAGCCGGCAAACUGUGUGAAGGCACACACACACACACACACACACACACACACACACACACACACACACACACACACACACACACACCACACCAACACCACACCAACAUUGAGCAAAGCCCAGGCCCAUGCUUCCAAAUCACACACACACACACACACACAUUCUCACACCACAACAACAACAACUCUCCAUCACAUUGAGCAAGGCCCAGGUUCAUGCUUCUGAAACACACACACACACACACACACACACACACACACACACAGUCUCACACCACACCAACUCUGCUCCACACUGAGCAAGGCCCAGGCCCUGGCCUAUGCUUCUAAAUCACUAGUUUCCUAUUCUACUCCUCCUUACUUUCCCUCUCUCAUGCUGAAAUGAAAUGAAAUGAAAUUAUAACUAUGAGAUAUACCUAUAUGUACAACGAAUUUCCUGAACAAUUGUAUAAAUGAACAUAUCAGAGAUAUUGAGGUGGUGGGUCGGGGGUGGGGGGGUUUUACUGGGUCAUACCUCACAGAGAUGCUGCUUGAAAAACUCCCAUAAUCCAUCUGGGCAUCCUGGUGCUGGAAUUCUGAUGGUUUGACGGUCGGCCACAGAGCAUGAUUGGGAGAGACCAUUCUCAUGCCUGUCCUUCCUUCAUACACUUGAGAAGCCUACAUACUAAGAGGCCAACCCAAGUGAAUAGAACAAGAUUAGUAACUGUUUAAAUGUAACUGACAAAUAUCAGGCUUAUAUGUCAUGAAUUGUGGUCAAUAAGUAACACUACAACCGAUGCUGACCAGGCCAAGUAAGGCUGACACCAGUUUUUUUGAGUUUUUUUCUUUCCUAGUGUGAGUGGACUUUGAAACCAAGUGCGAGGGCUUACUGACCAAGUUAUUUGCCAAGUGAUGAUAAGAUGAAAAGGGUUACCCAUCUUACGCCGCUUAGUGUGUAUCCUUGCUUUUCCAGUGUUUUUACUCAUCUGGACUGAUGCUCGGCCAUCGCAGCUUAACAUCAAUCUCUUUACGCUCAGUUCAGGCCCUUAGUUGUACGGGGCACACAUGUGUGAUGUAGUCUGCUUCAAACACCUCAAAACCGCGCGGAUGUGUACAAAACAAAAGAAAAAGAAAAAAUGUAACUUUACAGUACUCAUCUCUGGAAAAGGGCAUUGAUCAAUGCUGAUCUUCAAAGCUGCCGUGACUUUGCGAGAGCUUAUUAAAGAGGAAUCCAUUCAUCUCAUUCCACAUGACAGCUCUGUUUAGUCUUUUUAUCAAAUUAGUUCUUUCAGGGCGUAGUUUCCAGUGCAUGCCAGCUUUUUAUCACACUUCUAAUCCUCCAUUUUCCACAGCUAUACUCCUGUCUCUUCUUUCUCCAGUCAAUACUUUCCCACCCGAUUGUCUGGAUUUAUAUCUCAAGAAUCUGCCUUAUUUCACAUAACGACACAUGAUCUCAAACCGGUGGUGGUUUCAUAUCAUAGUGGAUGAGGGUCAUUGAUAUGUUUUUUUUUUUGUUUUUGUUUGGUGGAUGCAGUGAUUGUUUUGUUCUUUUUAAAUAGCAAAAAAACAUGAACUUUGAUUUUUUUCCCCUUUCUUUUUAAACAAUGAUUAGCUACUGUAAGUGGUGCCAUACAACACAUGAAAUGAGACUCAGUGAAAUGAUGCCUUCAUACGUUGAUGUUUGCUUUGCUUAACAAAACUAUCAAUAAAGAUUCAAACUGUU